UUUCCCAUGAUCCCGUGCGGUUUUGGCUCUGUUCGCGCACACGACAUGUCAACAAACACCAAAGUCACACUGGAGGGAAUCCGGGCCGCAGCAGAUAUCACAGUAUGAUCGUAUAUGUGCGGUUUAACUCCAGACAUGGAUUCCCGGUGGAACUGGAACAAGGUGCGAGUGUAGCUGAGCUGAAAGAGACGGUGGGACGUUUACAGGGAGUACAGCCUGAUCGACUGCGGGUCAUCUUUGCUGGACGAGAGCUCUGCAAUGAAUCCACACUUCAGGGCUGCGAUCUCCCCGAGCAGAGCACGGUUCAUGUGGUUCUGCCCCCGUCCACCUCGAGCCAGCACUCUGAGCUGGUCCAGCAGCACAGGCCAGGCAGGGGGAUGGAGAGCUUGACCCGACUCGACCUCAGUGGCUCCCGUCUGACCAGCGUGUCUGAAGGCCUGGCUGUCAUUCUGGAGACAGAUGCGUCCAGACAAGGGAACUCCAUUGGACACACAGAAGCUAAAGCCCACAGCAGUUUCUAUGUGUUCUGUAAGACGGUCUGCAAGGCCAUUCAGCCUGGAAAACUACGUGUUCACUGCAGAGACUGCAAACAAGGCACUCUUACUCUCAGCAGGGGGCCAUGCUGCUGGGAUGAUGUCCUUCUCCCUAACAGGAUUCAUGGAGUAUGCCAGUCACAAGACUGUGAUGGCACAGUUGCGGAGUUCUACCUGAAAUGUGCUGCCCACCCUACCUGUGAUAAUGACACUUCAGCAGCACUGGACUUGAUAAUGCCCAACACACGCAGAGUGCCCUGCAUCGCCUGCACUGACAUCAUUACUCCAGUGCUGGUGUUUCAGUGUGCCGAGCGUCACGUGAUCUGCCUGGAGUGCUUCCACCUGUACUGUGUGACCAGACUCAAUGAGCGACAGUUUAUCCAGGAGCCACUGGUAGGCUACUCUCUGCCCUGUGCAGCCGGCUGUCCUGAUUCGCUCAUUAAAGAGGUUCAUCAUUUCCGAGUCCUGGGAGAUGAGCAGUAUGAGCGCUACCAGCGAUACGCAGCGGAGGAGUGUGUUCUUCAGAUGGGAGGAGUUCUGUGUCCCGCUCCAGGAUGUGGUGCCGGGCUGCUUCCUGUGGAUGAUGGCAGGAGAGUCUGCUGUGAGUUGGGGAAUGGACUCGGCUGUGGGUUUGUGUUUUGCAGGGACUGUAAGGCAGAGUAUCACGAGGGCCCCUGCAGACAGAGGACACACACAGCAACAGGAAGUGCCCUGCAGGGUUAUAUUGUAGAUGAAGAGGCAGCUCUUCGUGCUCGCUGGGAACAGGCCUCACAGGAGACUAUAGCCGAAACCACUCACCCCUGCCCCAAAUGCCAAGUUCCUGUGGAAAAAAAUGAGGAAUAUGUAGGCAGCAAAUAUAAGGGUCUGGCAACGGAUGAAGACACUGUAGAUGGACAGAAGAAGAUCCAGCUGAAUAAAAGGCUUCUGGAUCACUUUCGAGUCCUGGCGGCCAGCAUUAAAGACACAGAUGAGGUGGACCUGCAGUUUCUGAAUGAUGUCCUCACGAAUGGAGCUGACCCAAACUCAGCAGAUAAAUAAACGGCCCUGCAUGAGGUUAAUGUCUGACUGCUUAUAUAUCUCGGGCAUGGAACGUGGACGUGAUGCGUUUUUUCCUGGAAAGGGGGGCAGAUUUUCAGAGGGCCGAUGGUUUUGGAGUGACGCCUCUUCAUGUAGCCGCAGCUCUGGAUUAUGAGGAGAUGCUGCAGUUCCUGUUAAAAAGGGGAGAUCGGAGUGAGACAGCGCGUUUGCUGCUGGGGUUUGGAGCAGAUGCUGGGGUGCAGGACUCUGAUGGACAGCUCUGCAUUACUGCCAUGAUUGCUAAAAUGACCCCUGUGGCUGAUCUGGCAGUGAAUCAGUUCCGUAUGAAAGACCUAAUGACCUGACAGCAGUUCUACUACCUUCAUCUCAUGGAGCCAAAGCCUGCUGACAGGACAAACUCAAAAGGUUCUGAUCCAUCAUCACGGACUGGUGGCGUGUGUUGAUGGUGGUUUUGGCUCUAGUUCUGACGGUGGCUGGGGUGUACAGGGAAGUGAUGGAGAUUGUGCGAUCUAGGAGGAAACUGAAGCACUGGCAACGCUGGACUGUGCAGAAAAUCAAUGAGGACUUGAGCUGCUCUCACCCUAUGUGGCCCGAGGAAUAUCUUUGAUUGGCUGGUCUAUUCGCUGCUGCUGGCAGUUCUGGGCAUCCACUUGGCAGGUAUAUUCCUAGUGUCUGACUCACUUCGACAGAACAGUCUUCGCCUCUUCAGUGUCCAUUAGUUUCCUGUGGUUAAGGCUGAUGAAGCAUGUCCGAGCCUUUAGGGGUGAUGAAGCGUAUGACUUUUGGCACUGUGGACAUCUGAGUAAAAUGUCUGGAACCUCGGCUCUAUAGGAACACCUGGGCGAUGGGGCCCUUCAUCGUCAUGCUGGGGAAGAUUGCAGGAGACGUGCUGCGUUUCCUUUUUCUCUGUAUUAGAGAUCUUCGUUCCAUAUGCCUGUGCUUUCUGGAUCAUAUUUGGAGGUUUAGCUGAGGUGCCAAGUAUGGAGACGGUUC